GACGGAGCGCACAUCUGCACUUCAGAGCGAGGCGUGGUCAGAGCUGACAGCAGGUAGACCAGUCAGUGCAGCUACAGUCACACUUCAUCUGCAGGAUACUCUACUUUAUCUCCGGCACAUCAACACUAGAUCCGACAAAAUGCCAAAGUGUCCAAAGUGCCAGAAGGAAGUUUACUUCGCUGAGAGGGUGACGUCGCUGGGUAAGGACUGGCACAGGCCCUGUCUGAAGUGUGAGAAGUGCAACAAGACGCUGUCACCAGGCUCACACGCAGAGCAUGAAGGAAAACCAUACUGUAACAACCCCUGCUAUGGUGCACUGUUUGGACCUAAAGGAUUUGGGCGUGGUGGAACCGAGAGCCACUCAUAUAAAUAGACAGGUUCAGGUUUCGCAGUAAAAAAAAAAAAAAUGUUGCUUGGAAACUAGAUGGAAGAAACCAGCAUGCUCGGGACAACUCCCAAUAAAAACCAGCAAACAAACUGUGCUCUGAUUCAGAAGAUGCAUUUUGAGUGCGUGUGUUUUUAUUACAUGUUUUUUUUUUUUUUUUUUUUGAUCUCUUGUUUUCUGAAGGUGAUUGUGUAUUCCCAUGAUGCAGCAAUGAAGUGGUUGUGGACAUUCUGAUUAAACACUUUUUAAAAUUUG